CCUUUCUCCGUGUUUUGAGACAGACUGUUUUGCUGCAGUGAACGGUAGCCGUGGAGAGAGGAAAAGGCAAGAAAAACAAAAAGACAGCGGAGGGCGGAACGGGAACCAAGACAGACAGAUCCUUUGGGACCUUAGUGUGAGCGCCAGCAGGCAUAGACUGGUCCAACACUCCAGAACCGACGAAGCCGACGGGCAUCACGAGGAGCGCUUAUAACGUAAGCGCCUCGCCGAGCUUCUCCACUUUUCCGUGCCUCGAGAGGACUGUUGGCUUUAACGCACUGGAAGGAUGAGCGGGAUGCGCGCGCGUCAGAGUAUGACAUUCUCUGCAUUCCAGCGGGCCGCUCUCAGGGCGCUCGCGGCCUUGACGAUGCUUCUGGCGACCUCCGUUCGGAGCAACUUAGUUUUCGAUGAUGACCCCUUCCUGCCAGUGACCCAAGAUGAGACGGUGGCAGUGGGUGGAGUGGUGACCCUGACCUGCAGUGUGAAGGAAAAUGAUAACUCCUCUCUCCAGUGGUCCAACACGGCUCAGCAGACCCUGUACUUUGGAGAAAAGAGAGCACUGAGAGAUAACCGUAUCCAGUUGGUAAAGUCCACGGCCACAGAGCUGAUAAUCUCCAUCUCGGACAUUCAGCUGUCAGAUGAUGGAGAGUACACCUGUUCAAUUUUCACCAUGCCUGUUCGGACUGCACGAGCCACAGUUACUGUACUGGGUGUUCCAGGUAAGCCGGUGAUAACAGGUUUUGAUGAUGCUGUUAAGGAGGGCGGCAAGGUUACUCUCACCUGCACAAGUUCAGGCAGCAAACCUCCUGCUAAACUACAUUGGUACCGCGAUCAAGAGGAGAUACAAGGGCGUCCUGAUGUUGUGGAGUCCAACCCUGAUGAACUGACCUACACAGUAACCAGCGAGCUCACCCUCACUGUCAACAGAGAUGAUAACAACGCUCUGAUCGCCUGUGCGGUGGAUCACGCGUCCAUUGCCAAUGGAGAUAAGAGGACAGAGCAGCCCCUCAGCGUCUUGUUUUCUCCAAGCGUGUUGAUUCAUCCAGAGAGUGACCUGCCCAGAGAAGGAGAGAAGUUUUUCCUGCAGUGUGUGGGGAACGGAAAUCCAGAGCCGACUGCAUUUGUGUGGCGGAGAAAAGACGCAGAGCUCCCCCCGCUGGCAAAGGUGGAUGGUGCGUUCCUGCGCUUCGAAUCCCUCAACAAGUCAGAUAAUGGUGUUUAUGAGUGCCAGGCUGAUAACGGGAUCGGCAUGGGGGACAUAACGCACACCCUUCUGGUACAAGACCCCACAGCGAUGUCCACCUCUUCAGGAGUAGACCAUGCUGUGAUUGGUGGAGUAGUUGCUGUCAUUGUCUUCAUUAUGCUUUGUCUCCUCAUUGUCCUCGGCAGAUACCUCAUCAGACACAAAGGUACUUACCUGACUCAUGAAGCCAAAGGAUCCGACGAUGCUCCUGAUGCAGACACAGCCAUCAUUAACGCUGAGGGUGGCCACUCUGGAGUGGAUGACAAGAAAGAGUACUUCAUUUAGAGAUCCAUCCCUCCGCUCCCUCUUCCUUCACACGCUUCAGUUCACUCAGCCUGACAGGGAAAAAACGGGGAUGGCAGAGAGAGAGGAAAUAUGUGAGGAAAAAAAAAUAAAAACAAGUGUUGACCUGUUCGAACUGAAGGACCUCAAAUAUGCUUCGACACACAGGACAGGGAAGUGAGAGUUUUGCACUGGUGCGUGGGCUCAUUUUCAAACACACACACACACACACACACACACAUAUACACAUGCACGCAUACUAUUUCUCCAUUACCAUAAUGACAUGUGAGCAAAUACCAUUGAUGAGACAUAAAUAAAUAAAAAGAGGCAAUAUGACAGUGACCACGCUUUCCUCACCUCCCAUUAUUCAUUUCAAAUGGUCCAGAUGUACUCUGGCACAUGUUGCACAGUGAUAUGUGCAUGCAUGAACUUUCAGGACACAUGGUCUGCUCCCAAAACCAUCGAAAGACACAGACUCUUAACAGGCACGCAUGCAAACACACACUGAACAUAAAGUGUCUUAAAAUUGAAUUUAAACCAUGCAACCCUGCAAUAUCACUGACAGAUACACACACACACACACACACUCAUAUACAUCACCUCAGUAUUACACAAUCUAACACACACACACACAGAAUAACCAGGAAAAAAACAGCAGCCCCUGCAACCAUUAUGUGGGACCCCCGAUAUAAAUUUAUAAAUACAUAUAUAUAUGAUUAUAUAGCAUCAUUUUUACUCAGUGUGCUGUAAAUAUAUCCUCAGUCUCUCUCUAUCUCUCUCUAACCUCACUGUCUGAUAGUGCAGUAUAUACUCUCUGAGCCUGCCUGGUUUUCUUACAUGCGUGGAGAUGCCGAGUUGAUAAAAAAAUAACAAUAUCUGGACUAUGGAAAAAAAAAAAUAUGGUGUUAUGAAAACUUCAGUAAUAUUUGUAUGAAUUACGUUCUCUUUGAGUUUGAUUUCUGGUGUUUACUGUUGGUGCAACAGUCUAGUGUCAUUACAUCAACCUGGGAAGAUUAUUAUUAUUACUACUAUUAUUAUUAUUAUUAUGAGGUCCUUAAUCUAAAUGCAUUACAUUGUGCACUGAUGUGUCAUUGUAUCAGGCCCAGUGAUUCGCUCACUCACGCCACCUUCAGGAAUGAAUCUUCUCUGUUCUUCGAUGGCGGGACUCUCAGAAAAAGCAGGGUAACACAAACUACUGCUCUCUUUCUCUCUCUCUUUCUCUUACUGAUCAUAUUCUCACUUUCUUCCCCACCUCUUUUAACUCUGUUCUUAAAGCUAGAUUAUUUCUAGACUUACACCAUCAUUGUAACCACAGACCAUAGUGACAUUCGAAGGGAGUUGCAUCAUGCAAUAAACUGAGGCGAUUCUAUUUAAUAAAAAUAACAGUUGAUUAGAUCUGGAUUUUUAAAGGUGAUGGGUGUAAUUUUUUGAAUGCCAAAACCCUUUGUCCUAUCCAAUCAUAAUGUGAACGGACUGUAAAUGAGCCAUUCGUAGGUUGAUUCCCUGUGGCACUAUCAAAACACUGCUCUGUUUUUUGAGCAUCCCAACUUCCUAACAUUUAACUUUGGCUCAACCAAUGGAAUGCAGUCUGAUUCAGUUUGUUGGCUCAGAAAUUACACACUUUUGAAAUAUGUUGUGCUUAAAUGUAUUAUUCAGGAAUACUGCUUCACUAUGUAUCCAGCUGAUUUAUUCCUAAUCCAUGCAGAUCUGGUAACCGAUAUGAUUACAGAAAGUGGCCAGUUGUCCUUUCUACUGUAUAUCACCUAUUCCUUUUCAGUAGCUAUUUACCUAGAGAAGGCUGUAACUGUGAUUUAAGUGUUGUUAUAGUGCUCAUGCAAGCAACGCAUGUUUGAAUCUGGCUUGUGACAUUUUUCAGUUGUAUUACACCUACUGUAGACCGGCUUCCAAACAGUCAUUGUCUUUAAAUGAGCAAAAAUGUAACAUUUGAAGAUUUGUUCACGGAAAAAGAGGCAGGAGUGGUUAUUUAAUGGAAAGCUGAGAAAAAUAAACAUCAUAAUUCUGUUUUAAAUUUUCAGUUUAAUUCAUUUCACCUUUAUUUGUCUACCACUUUGCACAGUAGAACUCAUUUCAAAGCAGCUUUGCAAGAAAAGCACGUUUCAAUGUUACAAUGUCAUUUGGCCCCAAUAAAAGGGACUCUUAAAUCACAUCUGCCACGUAUAUGGAAGUUUAGGAGUGUUUUUGUUCACGUGGGAUGACAAGGUCAUUCGUUUAAUGCGUAUGUAGGUUACAACUAAGUGGCAACUGACCGAUUACAACCAAAAGCCGUCCUCUACCUUCAGACUCCCUCCACAUACCUUCAUUAAUACCAGCAGACAAUGAGUUUGUGAGAAAAGCAGUUACAUAGACUGCCACAAGAUGGCGAUAAUGCAUUUUAAUUUCCCACCCAUCUCUCUCUCUCUCUUUCUCUGUCCUGUACAAGCAGUAGAACUUCCAGUUAGCUAUCAAUCUACUCAGUGCUUACUUUUUAAAUAUGUUGUUUACUUUUAUUCUGCUGUAGAUGUGCAUACUGUUGUUUGUAAUUUUACGUUCCUUUAAUGUCUUAAAUUGGAAGGUGUGUAGAUUAUAGUUUCCAUGACUUUUGUUUUGUUUGAUAACCUGUCAUUUUUUAUGAUUUGAUGUGAUAAGUGUUGCCUUGAACAGUCUACACACUCAAGUGAGCACAGACACUGGCACACAUUUAUUGCGCGUCUGUGUUUCCAUGCGUGGAAGAUUUUCACACUGGCCCACCAAAACAGAUGCAGGAAACACUAAAAGUAUUAUUACAUUCUGUUAAUGAAGUUAUGUUAGAUUCCUUUUUUUUUUAAUGAUAAGUCUUCCUUUAAAAUAAAUAUUCAUAUCAUGUGGAGCUAUUCUGUCAUGUAUGUUGAUUUGUAUUAUGGCCGAUGAUGUCAUCUGAACAGGACUGAACUCUGAGAUCAUCAUCAUUGUGGGUUCUGUUUGUUUGAUGGUCUGUUUAGACAGUAUUUGCUUUUUGUUACAAAAAGAGAUCCCUUGUUAACUUCAAAAUAAAUAUACAUUUGGGGUAACCUAA